AUGUCGACAGCUAACAACUUAAAAGUAAAAGUUAAACUUAACAUCAGGGGUGUUCGAUUUGAAACGAGAAGUUCUACUUUAGGUUUCUAUCCUAACUCUUUAUUGGCAUGUCUUGAUCAUAGUUCAGAUUAUUGGGACGAAGAAAAUGGUGAAUAUUUUUUUGAAAGGGACCCGGAUAUUUUUAAUUCAAUACUGAAUUUAUACACAAUACAUGAGCUUCAUGUGCCGAAGAAUAUUUGUGGUGCAGUUUUCCGGAAAGAAAUGGAGUUCUGGAAAAUCCCUGUGUCUUGUAUUUCUGAAUGUUGCUGGAAGGCUUACUACGAAAUCGACGAUACAACUGAUGUAAUGGAAAAUCUACGAAAGGCAAACAACGUAAACGGACUGAGAGGAAAAGAGGAUGACAAUGACGGCAUUAAUCGGGAUAGUAUCCGGUACAAGAUAUGGAUAGCCUUGGACAACCCAAAGUCUUCUAAAGCCGCAUUGAUCUGGAACUCAGUCUACAUAUUGGUGGUCAGUAUCAGUACUCUUGUUUUCUUCAUGGCGUCCAUGGCCGAAUACAGAAGUGACCUCUACUUGUCUAUCCUGCGUCCGGAACACGUCAACUACAGUAUACCAUCCGAGAAGCUCCGAAUCUACUACAUGAAGGAUAUGGACCCAAGUUUGUUCGUGGUGGAGUUCAUGUGUAUGCUGAUUUUCACAGCAGAACUCGUUCUAAGUUUCGUGUUAUGUCCCUGUCGUAAACAGUACAUGUGCAGUCCUAUGAAGACAAUAUCCUUAGUUCUCGUCCUUAGUAUGUGGUUAACAUUCGCAUUUGAGUUUUACAAAGGUGAUAUGAUUGAAUCUCAAAGCACAGCCAUAUUUUUCAUGAUUGUCCGAUUCUUCACAGUAUUACGGGUUCUCUUAUUUUUGCGACUACAAAAACAGUUCAGUGCUUUCCGCGUUUUAUUGUUUGCCAUACAAUCAAGCCUAAAGGAGUUGUUUCUGUUAUGUAUAACAUUCAGUGUAGCAACUGUCAUCUUUGCAUGUGCUAUAUUCUAUGCUGAGAUAUUUCAUGAUGGUACAUAUGACAAUCUCUUCAUCGCUAUGUGGUGGGCCAUCAUCACCAUGACUACGGUUGGUUACGGUGAUUUUUUUCCGACGACAGCCAUGGGUUACGUCGUUGGCGUGUUGUGUGCAGUGAGUGGACUGCUAUUAUUGGCAAUGCCUGUUGCAAUCAUUGCUUCUAAUUUCGCAGAUUAUUAUACACAUAAUAAAAAUAGAAUCCGCUAUUUAAAUUCAGUUCGAGAAGAAAAGAAAUUUGUAACGGACGAGAAAAAUAAAUACAGUAGGAAUAUUAGUAUCAGACCAGCGAUGUUAAAUGACGACAAAGAACAAAGAGAAUGAGAAACAAUUUUGGUUUCUCC